AUGGAGAAGUAUGAAGGAGAAAUGCCUAGAAUGAAGAAUUCAGGGCGUAUAAUGGGUUUUGAGAAGGUUAAGGGAGGAGAAAAUGGGGGGUUUUCUGAGUCACGGGCACAAUUGAAUUUGAAAAAUCUGCAACAUGUACCGUGUAAAUUUUAUCGUCAGGGAGUUUGUACAGCAGGGAAAAAUUGCCCUUUUUCGCAUAAUUUGAGCUUAGAAGCAGAGGGUGCACCAUGCAAAUAUUUUCAGAAAGGGAAUUGUAAAUUUGGAGCAAGAUGUGCACUGGCACAUGUAUAUCUUGAUGGGAGUCGUUCAGAUACACAGACUCUUUCCUUUCCCUAUGGUUUGAAUUAUGGUGCUUCUGUCGAAAUGAAGCAAAUGCCUAUGCCUCAUAAUGGUCAUUUACAAGAAACCUAUUCUAAUGUCCCUUUGAAGUCUAGGGAAUAUAGUUUUUCUAUGGAUGAAAAUUUAGUGAUGUUGAACAAAUCGUUUUUAAAGGGAAAUCAUGCACUUAUACCCUAUCUUUUAACUUAUACCAAUAAUUCUGAAUUAAUAUUUCCGUUGAAAUCUACUGAAAAUACUGCUUUACAUGAAACGCAAUUAUUUCCGAGUUUUGACAAUAAUAAAACAUAUUCUUCACGCCAUGAAGUAUUUUCUGACUCAGUUUCUACAAAAACAAGUUAUCCUGAUAUUUCUUCUUUAUCGCUUUCUGGAGCCAGUUCAAUGCAUUCUUCAAUGCAACAUAAAAAUGAUGCAUUUUCACCUCUUUUAAAUAAUUCAAGAACCGUCUUUCUUGAUGAUUCUUCUCCGUUUAAACAUGAAAAAUUAUUAAAAGCUCAAAAUGAUUUAACAGUGUCGAAUUCUUCAAAAAAAUAUUUAGGAAAUAAUAAUAUAUAUAAUAUCCCACCAAUUUUUUUUUCUAAAGAUACAUGGUCUGAUCCAUGGAAAAGUUCACCUAUUUUAAAAAAUAAUGAUAAGGAUUUAUCUAGAUUGACUGUUGAAGAAAAACCAUCUUUACCUGUUUCACAAAGAUCAUUUACAUUUAAUGAGUUUCAAUUUCGAAAAGCUGAUGAUCAUGAACCUGUCUCCAAUAUUAAUUUUCGAUCAAAUCCAUCAAGCUUUGGAACAUCCCCAUCUUCAAGAUUUUCUACAUUUUUCUCUAAAUAUAAUGAGUAUUCUGAUAAUAUGGCUCUCAAAGAUUUUUCUGGGACUGAUUCAUAUCAUGAAUUUGUUCAACCAUAUUAUAAUGAAUAUAAUCAUUAUCAAAUGAAUGAAUUUCAGGUGUCAAACGUAUUAUCAAAUAUUGUAAAAGACAAUAAUAUUGUUCAUUCUAAAAAUUCUCCAUCUGAACAGAAAUUGAGUGAAAAAAUAAACCAGAAUUCUUUAUCGAUAAAUAACAAUGGGGUCAUUAAAAAGCCUCUUAUUGUAAUUGAUGACGAAACGCAAUUCCAUAUGGAUGAGGAAAUGCCUGAAAAUAUUGCCCCAUAA